UUGUACAACAGACAGGGAAAGAGACGUGGAUAUAGAUGAGAAAGAACGAAGAAGCUUCCUCCAGUUGCAAUCCUGAAUCCGUCUGCUUGGCCUUCAGGAAAGCUUAAAAACAAAGUGCCAUACAUGAAAAAGAAAAAGAGAGCAAAAAAAAGAACUCGAUGAUGCUUCCGCGGAAACAACUGGCCUUCUAGGGUUUCCUGAUAUGUAUACAAUGAUUACAUACUGCAUAGUGAAAAAGCUCCAUGUAUGAAGUAAUGCUACUCUAGACAGGUGUGUGCCAGUGAUGAACUGCCAUUACCUUGGAAAAGAUGCAUGGGUUCUCUACUGUUGAUGGCUUUGUGGAGAUAACUGAAUGCUUGGCAGAUAUGAUUAAACACAUUGCAAAUGAACCGUCAGUUGGGCUUUUCUACGUUCAGCAGCAUACUCAAAAUGCGGUGCCCAACGUCAUUACUCUCAAGAAUAAUGUUGUGGAGAAGUCUCGAGAAAUGACUUUGCACACCGAAGAUUCAGAGGAUUCUAUCACCACAGUGAGGUCGAUGAAAGAAUGCGGAUUCCCCAUUGCCGAUGAGAUGAUUAGAGACAUCAAAAAAUCUCUAGUGAUCAUAUCAACAAAACAACCUAGAAGAGGGUUAAUCCAUAAUCCAGCUUCAGGUUUUCAGAUGGGAAGAACCAUCUCUCGGGGACCAACCACUUGGGGUAGUAGUGCAGUUUAUUCCCAAGAAGAUAACGAAAUGAAGGGUAGUUAUUUUUCAUCCGUAUUUAAGUCAGCCAAAAAAAAGGCUAGCAAUUUCAAGUGGCCACAGCUUGAUCCCAAAGAAUCAAUACAGAAUGAGGGUGAGAAGCUGCUGCCGUAUCCUACUCCAACACUGUCAGUGGCAUCUGCUAGUACUAGCUCAUCUUUGCCAGAUGUGGAAGUAGAUGAGCUACCCUUGUCAAGUCGGAUUGAAGAUGAGCCACUACAAGAAGAAGAAGAGAGUGAUAUCAGCUUAAUAAAUCAUAAUUUAUUGUCUGGUGCAGAAAAUUUUGACGACUUCAAAGCCGAUAAAGAAGCCAAAUUGAAAGAGUGGUUGCAAGGGGCUGAUAAUCUGGACAAUCGUAGAGACGUGUACAAUGCAGAAGUGCUUUAGUUAGGCCACACUCGGCUACUGAACAGCUUUACUUGUGUAUACUGCUGUUUAUUACUCUAUAAUUAUCUCUGGAUGAAGAUUACAUACAAAAGGUUUAUGGUGCUAUGAGAAACUCAUUUUGGGUGAUAUUAAGGGUGAAAAUAAAAAUCCCUUCUCAUAAGCUUGUUAUAGAACAAGAAUGUGGUGGGAUGGUGAUUUUACCAGUGUACCAUUGGAAGAUAAUGUGGAUUUUCAGUACCACGAAUCUGCGAUCUCUGCUUGGAACUAACUGCAGAAUUAUGCCUUUGUGUAACAAGGGCCAAGGAGGGCUUCGGAAGGUUAACAACGAUUUCUGCAAAAGUGCUGCAAUGUAUUUGAUGCUGCUGCCCUUAACCAUAAGAUUCCAUUACUCGAACUUGUUUUUGGCACAAUGUUGAAUGAUGAGAUAAUAGGUGGCACAUGCUGUCUGCAGUGCACCACCAAUUGUACAGAUAUAGAGUGCUUUUCCUUGUUCAGAGAUCGAGUUUUGUCAAGAAAGAUGGCGACUAUAUAUGACCAUAUUGGAAUUGGCUCGCGAAAGUUGAUGCUUAGCUUUGACGUGCAUUUGGUUCUUUUGGUGUCCAAACAUUUUUAAAGUUGUAAUAAGCAGCGAUUGCUAUGUC